AUGGCGGCCCCCAACAGCUGGACCCUCGACAUCGAGUCAUCCGUCGCCGCGCCUCGGCUCUUCUUCGCCGCCGUCAUGGACUGGCACACGCUGGCCCCCAAGCUCACUCCCCAAAUCGUGGCCAGCGGUCACGUCGUCGUCGGCGAUGGCCACGCCAGCAGCGUCAGGGAGCUGCACUUUACCAAAGAAAUGCCCUUCAGCUGCAUGAAGGAGAGGCUCGAUUUCGUUGACGUCAAGACAUUCAAGAGCAGGUCGACGCUCAUCGAGGGAGCCGGGAUCGGCAUAUGGAUCGAGACGGCCACCACGGAAAUCAAGGUGGAGCCUAAGGGUGAUGGCUGUGCCGUGAACGUGAAGUGGGCAUGCAAGCUGAUGCCUGGUGUGGAGGUGAAUGAAGACCAACUCAACUCUGCCAAACACUCCCUCACCUGCAUCUUCAAGACUGCUGAGGAGUACCUCAUCGCCAACCCAGAGGCCUACAGCAAACCCAUCUAA